AUGGCUGAUAAGAUGGACCGUGGCCUUGACGAGAUCAUCGCCGAAACUCGCAGCAAUCGGCCUCGCAACCAACGCGGCCAGGGUCGCCGGCGUGAGCCGCGCCAGGAUUACCCUCGCGACGGCGUCAGAAAGUCCUUCCGAGACGAAUCGCGAAACCUCGACAGUGAAUGGGUCCAUGACCGAUACGAAGAGAACAACAGUCGCAGAGGACCCGCUCCACGCCGGCGCCGCGAGUCUCCUGACCAGGAGUCCAGAGGCUCAAAGCUGCGAGUCGAUAACAUCCACUAUGACCUCACCGAGGAUGACCUUGAUGAGCUCUUCCGCAGAAUUGGCCCUGUUGUUCGACUUCAAUUGCGAUAUGACCGCGCGGGACGAUCCGAGGGAACGGCCUACGUGACCUACGAGCUGAAAGAAGACGCUCAAGAGGCGGUCCGACAGUUUGAUGGCGCCAAUGCCAACGGACAACCGAUUCGAUUGACCCUUCUUCCCAGUGGCCCUGCUAGAAACCCCUUCGAUACAGCUGUCAUGCCCAGCCGCCCCUUGGCAGAGCGCAUUUCAGCCCCAGGAGACAGGGCGCGAUCUCAUUCCCCACACCGCCGGUACGACGAGGACGAAGCAGCCCGCAAGGGAAUUGAUAGAUAUGUUCCUGGACAAGGAGGUGACCGGAGGAGCCCAAUGCCCCGGCGGCGCGGCCAGGGUGGUCGUCGUCCCGGAGCUCGUAGAGAGGGUGGUGGCAGAGAGGGAGGAAGGGAUCAGGAGGGAGGUCGUGGUGGACGAGGUAACCCUCGUACAAAGAAGACGCAGGAGGAGCUGGAUGCGGAAAUGGCGGACUACUUUGGCGGAGGCAACGCGCAAACCACGGAGCCAUCCAACGGAACCGAGGCAGCCCCUGCCCAGGCUCAGGCUCAAGCUCCAGCCGCUGCGGUCGACGAUAUCGACAUGAUUGAGUAA